GUGUCAGUUUCCUCUUCUUUAACAUUCAAGAGCAGUGCGUCCUGACAGACAUUAGCAUCCGCUGUCCAUCAGCCAUCAUGAUUCUUAUAACUGCUUUUGUGCUGGUGAUCCUGACAGGACACAGCACAUCUGAAUAUCUGCAGACACUCGAGUGCCCAUAUGAGAAUAGGAAUAUAUCUACGACCAGGCAGAGGGUGUGGUGCAAAAGAGAUGCCCACGACGAAAACUGCUGCACGGGCCUUUCUUUCCAGUCGAGCGUUACUGUGCUGGAGGGCGGCAAAGUAGACGUGGAAGAUGAUGGAAAGAGAUUCAAAGUCUCCGUACGGGAGUUACCUCAAGGAGAUGGAGUUUACUGGUGUGGGUUCAUGACUGAGGACAAGGUCAUCGUUAAACUGGCCGAGGAUUACUUUACCGAGACUCCAUUUAACUUCAUUUGGUCCAUUCUGCGUUGGAUUUUAUUUCUUUUGCUUUUGUUGUUGACCAUCUCAAUUCACAUUUAUUCAAACAGGAAAGCUGUCAUAAAGACGACAUAAAUUAUGUCUAAUGCCAAACGAGGUGAAAGAGCAGUUGAAGAACAAAGAAAACACAGCUGAACAAGCCAUCGGAUGCAAAUGUAGCCUAGAGUUUAUGUUUUUCCUUCUAAAUAAUAGUAGAGCUUCUAUAGAAAGUUUGAUUUAAAAAGCAUUUAAUAAUUGUGUAUUUGAAAAUUAACAUGUGCAAUGUGAUUUUAUUUAUAGAUACAGAAAUAAAAGCUUGUUGUUUUUUUGGAUUUAGUAUAAGAAACUUUAAUUGUUCUUGAAAAUAGAAAUUUGGGUCAACUGUGGUCAAAUUAAACUGUUGGGAUACAUUUGUUAAUUUUUUUAAAUUUACAGUUUAAAUCUGGGGUUAGGUUUGUCAAUAUUUGACCCAAAUUUGGGUUGAAACAACCCAGUAAUAAUAAGAGUGUGCUUUUAUCAUGUACAAUAUUUUUAAUAAUGGAUGUUUUCUUCAUUAAAAUAUGCUUGAACCUGCAAUUUGCAAAAUAAAGUUCCUUGAUGUAAAUAAUAAACAAGUCAUCUUUGCUACACUCAAAAA